AUGAUAGGUAUAGUUCUUGCUCAACUCGUAGUAAAAGCGAUUUGCCUUCUGGAAGGUAUUGGUGCAAUUGUCAAUGGUGUGGUUUCUGAUGGAGCAUCAACUAACAGAAAACUUUGGGCUGAACUGGGAGUUAGUGGUCAAACGGGCAAAGUAAAAAAAUUUUUUGAACAUCCUCUGAAAAACAAUAAAAAGGUGUACAUGUUUUCUGAUGCACCUCAUCUACUAAAAAAUGUCAGAAAUAGGUUGUGA